UGAAGCUCCGCCUGGCGAGGGCAUCGCAAUGGGCAGUCCGGCAGAGCGCGGAUCCGCGGAGGGGGGGCCCGAGGACCGGUGGCCGCGAAGCUCGGCGUGCCGCCGGAGGACCUGGAGGCCUUUGCCGAGCUGCUCGCGGCCAUGCGCGAGGCGGGCUGCGCCACGGAGGCGCGCCUGCGGGACUGGAGGCGCCACCUCGGGCAGGCCAGGGCGGCGGCUUCCGUUCGCGCGCACAUCGAGGAAGAAACAUCCCGGCCGCUGCCUCGGUCGGCCCUCCGCGCGAUGCCGCAGAGGGCGAGGGCGCGGGCGCGGCGAAGCUGAGGCGCCUGGUGGAGCAGAGGCUGCUCUUCGCGGGGGUCUACGGCGCGGCCCAGCCCCUGGACGAGUCCCUGCGGCGCGUCCUCGGGGAGGCGGCGCAGCACGCGGAGCUGCGGCGCGGGCGGGCCGCGGACGGCGCGCCGCCGCUGGAGCUCCGGCUGGAGGGCGGCGUGUUCGACGCGCGGCACGCGGCGAUACGGCGCGGGGCGUACCCCUACGCGCCGGCCUGCUCCGCCCGCCCCGGGGACGAGGUGCUGAACUGCCUCUGCUCCGACGGCUCUCUGGCGGGGUAUCUGGCCAUGCAGGGGUCCUACGCCGACGACCUCUCGGUCGACCCCAGGUUCCACGGCUGCGGCGUCGCCAAGAGCCUGGUGGUCGGCAUGGCCGGUCGCCUGAGGCAGCAGGGGUACGAGGAGAUGUCGUUGGACGUGCGAGCGAUGAACUUGCCCGCUUUCGAGCUGUACAGGCAUCUGGGCUUCAAGGUCGAGGCGAAGAGGUACCCUUCGUAUUACGACUGGCACGGAGGUUACAGGAUGGUGGCGCGGCUGGACGAGAUCUCGUCGUGA